AUAGCCAGUCGACAACGCGCCGCGGGCUCACGACCACGCCACCCGCCAUGGAUAAAGAGAGGAAGUUCAUCGCAAAAAGAACUGAUGUGCUGAGAAAACUCAACGCAGAAAGUCUCCAGCUCAUCGAAAGAGGUCUACUCGGUGACUUACCUGAUAAACUCAAACCUCCUCCUUUAGUACCUGUCAGAGGACAAUCCACAGAAGUAGCAGUCGCUAAACCUUCCAGUCUACUAUCCUCCUGCUUGCCUGUCCCUGAUUCGCCGAAACCACAAUCGGACGAUGACGUCUCGCCACUCAAAAAGACAUUCAGUUUCCGAGAUAAAUUCUCUCGAAUAAGCUUCUUAAAGAAAGAUAAAGAAAAAGGCAAAUGGAAAAACGAAGAAGAUGACACUGAUCCAAAUAUACAUCAGGAUAAAGAACAAGAAUACAAGUCGAGUAAGCGGUUUUGGUUCUUUCGGAAUAAAGAGUUAAUGGAGAAGAAAAAGCAGCACAGACCUAUUUAUAAAAGAAGUAAGAGUUUUGAAUUUCUUCCACGUGCGAUAGAAGAGGAAUCAGAAGACAGUGUUAAGAAUUCGCUGACUAAGAACCAAUCAUAUGCGUUUGGAAGUAGCGAUACUACGGUGGACCCCUGGUCAUCUAUCGAAAGUCUGGAAUAUCAUUCCAACGUGUACUACGAUAAUGACGACUCCGUAUUCUUGAAGAGUAUCAAAGAAUUUCCUUCGGAGUCUUCUAAUAACAAUUCAAGUAUAUCAAAUGCAACUUCAGCAUCUAGCGGACUGGUCGUAAACAUCAUGAAAGGCAAAUCAAUGCAGGAUUUAUUGGACGAGUUCGAGAAAACAGUGGACAUGUUCAGUGAGAAUUACACGAGUGAUUGUGAACCGUACACGAAAACAAAUGAAGAAUUGAGUGUGAAAGAGAAAAGAUUGAGUUCAUCGUUGAGCAACCUGCCUUCACAGAAAGUGAUGGUGACAAAAGUGAAUCAAAUCAGUGAUGAUUUCAAAGCGGAGCUAUCGAAGUUAUUAAGUGUGAAAAAUGUGAGUGGUGCAAGGAAUGUGAGAAGGGGAUCUGUCACCGAUUGGUUCGUUCUAGAAGAUAAAAAUACCUCUUUUGCCGAACAAAAUAAGUACAGAAGAGCGCAGAAGAAGCCGACGCAGAGGGUCAGAAGGAUCAGUUCCACUAAAUAUUGGAUAACUCCGGAGGAGUGCGCGGUGUACAGUCGCGAGCGCAGGCCACCGCUGGUUAUUCCGCGCAUUACACAGUACCGUGCCCCGCGGCGUGACAUCAGGCAGCAGAACUUCACUGGACAUACGUACGAGGAGUCGGCAAAGGAAUGGAGCCCCGCGUCGGAGCGAGGUGCGCUGGGGUACAGCAAGCUGAGCGCGGAGAGCCCGCCUUUUGUCAGGAUCAACAAGAAAUUAGGUGGUUCAACAGAGAACCUAAUCGUGCCGAAUCUCCGGCCGAGCCACCUGCACUUGCCCGCCUCCUCCUCCGGCGACAGCCUCGAUGUGGAGGUGCGCGACAAGGAGCCAGCCUACUCCCGCAGCAGGAAGUCCCGCUCCAUGGUCGCACACAAGAGGUCACCAGUGCCCGCACCCCGACGUGUACUGCCACCUACUGAGAUAUACGAGCGUGCGCCGGAGCCGACACAAUCAGCCAGCUCGGUGGUCGACGAGCGACUGAUAAAGCGCACUAAGUAUUCGGAGAGCGGUAAGAAGAGCAAAAAGAACUGGAGCGAGUGCUACAUGGUGUUAACACAUACUGCACUCUACUUCUACAAGGAUCAGAGGACAUAUAAUGCCACCAAGAUCCGCAAGCCGGGCACGCCCCCAAGCCCGACUGCGCCGCGCGCAGAACUCAUUCUGCCGCUGCGCAACGCGCACGUGUUGCCCUGUAUACAGGCACACACUAGAAGGUACACGCGGUCUUUCACACUGACCGUGGGCUACGACACAUAUCUGCUGCAGGAUGAGAGCGACGACAAAGCCAAGCAGCUCCUCAUGCUCAUACAGAACAUUAUAUACAACCUCGGACCUCCGACCUUGGAGGAGUAUCCUCCGCAGUACCAGAGCAGCAACACGGACCUGGAGAGUCUGGGCCGUACUCCGCCCGUAGCGCGACAUACACGACACAAGAAAGCCGGUGGGAGUAGCAACGAGGAUCUCAGUGACUCCACUGAGGUUUCUACACAGAAAUCUCAAGUGACAAAAGUUCUGAGAAAAUUCUUCCCGAAGCGGCCUACGAUGGAAGAUCUUGUCAAGAAAGGGAUUUAUAAAGAUGAGCCAGUGUUCGGUCGUAAGCUGGAGGAGGUGUGUUCUGAGAGCAGCCCUCGCGUGCCGGAGUUCGUACGCGCCUGUGUCCGGGAGAUAGAGAGCACAGAGGAGAACCUGUCCACUGAUGGUCUCUACCGAGCCAGCGGGAACCUCAGCCAGGUGCAGAAGAUACGACUAGAGAUUGAUCAGAAGAACCAGUCGGUGAUCAGCAACAAUACGGACAUUCACGUGCUGACUGGUGCUCUCAAGCUGUUCUUCCGCGAGCUGAAGGAGCCUCUCAUUCCUUGUACCAUGUUCGAUAGGGUUCUCUCCGCAUGCUCUAUCAAGCCGCGAGAGGCGCGGAUUAAGGAGUUCCGUGAGAUUGUAAACUGCCUGCCCGAGUGUAACCGGGACACGCUCAAGUUCUUGCUGGAACACCUGCUCAAGGUAACACAAUACAGUGAACGUAAUCGCAUGCACACCGCCAACCUGGCGAUAGUGUUCGGGCCCACGUUGCUGUGGGCGCCGGCAGCGCAGGCGCACAACAUCGCCGUAGACUGCAUACAGCAGAACAACGUCGUUGACAUCUUACUGAAUGACUACCACGACAUCUUUGACAGGAGGCAUGCAUGACUGAUGACGUCACUGUACUAUAAACCAACUGUUAAACGUAUAUAAUGCCGCGUAAUUGUGUUGGCAACACUGAAAAAUGUGUUCUACUCGACGUGCCAACUCUCAACUAGUACUCGAUACUUAAGUUGGCACGUCGUUUACAAUGUACUUGUUUCCGACGUGCCAAUUAAAAGAGUACCCAGGAUUUGAUUUAAGAAAAAAUAUUAACUGAUCUCUAUAAAUGGAUAGGUCAUUGCUUGGAAAAGAUAGCUUUUGCUUCGUUCCGACUUUAACGCGUCUGUUGAUGUUCUUGACAGUUCAUUCUAUUUGUAAUAUUAGUUCGAAUCCUCACCACCGCUACCAGUAGUAACCAUCAGCGCCAACUGAAGAAAAUGAAAUAGACACGAAAUACUACUAUUUAUAGCCUCUCCAUGUAUAAAGGUCAGUGAUAUAAAUAAACCUGCUUUGUUCGACCGCUAAAUGAAAAAAUAUCAUCAACAAUUUAAUUGUUGAUUUUUAUGUAACUGGUUUAUUUAAGUUUAAUCGAAAUGACAUAUUUAGGUUUAAUCUCGUAUAUCGCAGACUUAGAUUAAUGUAAGUUUCGUUGCUGUAACUUGGCGUUUCUGUUAAGAAUUGUAUAAAAAUAAUAUAAAUUAUAUUUAGUAUGGCGGCUUUCUUCUG